AGUCCUUUCCUGUAAAUGCUGAGAGUCAGGUAACAGUUAAAGGUCAGGAACAGGGUUGUUUCCCUCAGAGCUGGUGUGGGACGGCCCGUUUGCAGCUCUGCUGUGAUUGGAGGCCUCAGGGUGCAGCAGGUGUAACCUGAGAGCCGCUCUCACCUGGAAGUGCAGCUCCUUCCUGGUUCAGUCGAUAGUUUGUAGACGAUGGCAGCUACAACCAUUUCCAUCGAUCAGGACCAGUUCUGCUGCCCGGUGUGUCUGGAGGUCCUGCGGGACCCGGCGACCAUCCCCUGCGGACACAGCUACUGCCUGGACUGCAUCGAAGACUACUGGAGCAAGACGAAGGCCAGAGAGCCGUACAGCUGCCCGCAGUGCCGGCAGGAGUUCAGCCCCAAACCGCUCCUGAGCAGGAACACCGUCCUGGCCGAGGUGGUGGACAAGUUCCUGAGAAGCGGAGUCCAAGCCGCCGCUCAGCAUCUGUCCAAAUCCGAGGAGGUGAAGUGCGGCGUUUGCACGGGGAGGAAAGCCAGGGCGGUCAAAUCCUGCCUGACGUGCCUGGAGUCGUACUGCGAGGCUCACCUGAGAGCGCACGAGGAGCGCUUCCACAGGAAGGCCCACCAGCUGAUCGCAGCCUCGGAUCACCUGAGAGAGAAGCUGUGCCCGCUGCACGAUAAGCUGCUGCGCCUGUACUGCCUCAGCGACCAGCAGUGCGUGUGCUCGCAGUGCGUGAAAGACAAACACAAAGGUCACGACACGGUGUCGCUGCUGGACGAGAGGGCCGCCCAGCAGAAAAAGCUCAGAGAUACCUCCUUAAAGUCCAUGCAGAAGUUGAAGGACACGGAGAAGGACCUGAAAUAUGUCAUUCGAUACAUCAAGCACUCCACUGACGCUGUGGUGGACGAGAGCGAGAGGAUCUUCUCCAAGUUGAUCCAGACGAUCGAGAAACACCGAGCGGAGGUGAAAGAGCUGCUGCGGUUCCAGGAGAAGGCCGUCAUCGGUCAUUCUGAGGAGGCGCUGGAGAAGAUCCAGAGGGAGAUGGCGGAGCUGAGGAGGACCAACGGGGAGCUGGAGAGGCUCUGCCACACGGAGGAUCACGUCCACUUCCUCCAGAAAUGCAGGACUCUUCAUUUCCCUACGAACCUGGUGGAGAUGCCGAACACGGACGCUCUGACGUACGUCAUGUACAAAAGCAUGAGAGGAACGCUGGUGGACGUGCAGAGCGGUCUGGAGGAAACGCUGCACAAAGAAGUCUCUCGUAUUUCUGACAAAGUGUCGUCACUGAAGGACGCCAGCACGCCGAGUAACCCUGACAAGAAUAAAGCUAAAGAACCUGAAGUUCAGUUCAAUCCAGAGCCAAAGACGAGAGCCGACUUCCUGCAAUAUCACCACGACCUGACGCUGGACACGAACACCGCCAACCCCUUCCUCAGCUUCUCCGACGGGCGGCGAUCAGUGACCACUCGCGCGGAGCCUCAGCCGUACCCCGACCACCCCGACCGCUUCACCAGAUGGGCCCAGGUGCUGUGCAGGGCGGGCAUGGCCGGCCGCUGCUACUGGGAGGUGGAGUGGGCGGGGAAAGGGGGCGUCUCCAUCGGCGUCUGCUACAAAAACAUGAGCAGGAGCGGAGACGGGAGCGAGUGCAAGCUGGGCCACAACUCUCGGUCCUGGACUCUGGACUGCUCCGGCACGGCCUGCACCUUCCUGCACAACAAGGAGAGCGUGGCCGCCUCCGCGCCCUGCGGGAGGAGAAUCGGAGUGUACCUGGACUUCAGGGGGGGGAUUUUGUCCUUCUACAACGUGUCUGACGGGAUGCUUCUGCUUCACAAAGAGAGGGUCACGCUCUCACAGCCCGUUUAUGCCGGGUUUUGGGUGGGGCUGGGCUCCACCUUGAAGCUGUGUGCUCACUAAAUUCAACUUACUUUGUAAAUAGAAUUUAGACUGAGAGCCGCAAGCGGCGUUGUAUAGUCCACAGACGCCUUCUGGCUCCACCCCUACGCUGGUCUGAGCUACACGUUGCAAAUUCAUAAAAAAAACAACAUAUUUCAAAAUGUCAGCCUUUCUGUUGGUUUUAUCGCCAUAGCAACCAUUUUAUGCUUUGGUGACCUGAGGGAGACGAACAGGUCGAAGUCAGGUUUAGAAGAAUCAGCAAAAGUAAAUUUUGGAUUUCCUUGGCAACAGAGGUUUCUUGUUAGCCACGCCCAUAUUCCUCAUAAGCUUUUAAUGACUCAUGCAUCUAAUUUUCACAAUAUUUCGGUAAAAAUGUGCGAGCAACAUAGAAACGACACUUUUACGAGCUCGCCACACCUGCCGCCGUCAUCCAGGCUCCUGCAGUUGACGGUGAAACUCGCCGUACUGCGAUCGUCUCUGAAUGAUCUGGUGAACCCAGACAGGACGGUGUGCUUGCCCGUACCUCUGUAGAGCUCUCCAAAACAUAUGAACCCAAGCUACUCGCUCAACAUCAUCCAUGUGUUUCAUGAUGUGGCGAUGAGUGAAUUGUAGAAGAACUUAGGCGGCAACUCCGCGGCGUCAACGCCUAAGAGACACAGCAGACGCAAAUUUUCCGUAUCUAGUGCGAAUACAGCUUUGGAAGUUUAAAUUAUUAUUUGGUAUUAAAGGGAUUUUUUUAAAGAAUAUUCAAGAUGGCGGCCUCUUUCUGAGGUUAAAGGUCAGGUGUGGGUGUAGGCUUACGUUGAGUUGUGUCCAGAUUCUCACCCUAAUCCCUAAAACUAAAAAACGGGACCAUCUAGUUCCCUGGAUUUUAAAAGCAGUUUGGACAUCCUACUCACUUUUGUUUUUCUAAACGGCGGACAUCACGUCACCGAGUUCACGUCUGUUCAUGACUCCACUGUGUUCUGAUGAUGAAAAUGUGGAUAGUUUAUUAGAAAAUUACUCGUUCAACCCCAAUGCAUUGUGGUCUAUAUUUUCUAAUGUAGUGAGCAUUGAUGUAUGAUGUUUUUCACAAAGACUUCUGGGUAGUUUGAAGGGCUCUCUAUUCUGGAUUUAGACAGAACUACUUCAUGCACUAUAUGGUGAGAAGGGAAGGAACUCAGAUACUUGAAGAUCACUCAAAAGGUUAUUUUUCCCGUAUUGUGGAAACGAUGUGAAGAUCGUCAAAUUUCACGUUAAAGAGCCUGUGGCCAUCCCACGAUUUCAACACUUGACUUUUAAAAAUCUGAAGUUUUGGUUUUGUUAGUGAAUGUUAAAAUAUUUUUAGAGCAUCAUAAAAGAUUGUUUUGUGAUGGUUUCUCAGCUGUGAUGUCACAUUUUGAGUUUGUGUCGAGGGGACAGUUUGACUCAAAGGAGCAGAAAGAGAAUCUGAUCCUUCAGUGAUUGAUUGAUUGAAUGAAUGUGACAGAAACUGAGAUGAUUCUGAAACAGCUUUUAUUAACGCAGAAGCUGGAAGAAGCAGCAUCACUUUGGUGGAGCAGAGAGAACUGGAGAUCCUCAGAUCUUGUUGAAGGCAGCCACAUCUACACUCUGGACCUAUGAAGGAAGAACAUAUUUAAAUGAGAUUUACACUUAAUUGUAUGUAAUCUCACAUCAUCUUUUUGGAUUUUUAUAAUAAAAACUCUGGAAACGUA